AUGAACUUUGGACCUUGGCCAGAUUACAGGAAGAAAGUUCAAAAGCCAGGACUCUGGGUACCACCUGCCUUACUGACCGUGCCAACACUGGCUCCAUUCUUCUUCCUUUUACUAACAGGUGAUAGCUCUGCCCUCUUCCUUCCAGAGGUACGGCUGGUCAAUGGACGCACCCGGUGCCAGGGACGGGUGGAGAUCUUCUACAACAAUACCUGGGGCACAGUGUGUGAUGACGACUGGGACAUUGUGGAUGCCAACGUGGUGUGCCGCCAACUCGGUUGUAGCCAUGCCAUCGGCAUGCCACCUGCCCUUUCUUUUGGCAGAGGGCAAGGACCCAUUUUUCUAGACAAUGUGGACUGCAAAGGAAGAGAGGCAGCCCUCAGUGAGUGCAGCAGCCAUGGAUGGGGCAUCCACAACUGCUACCACUAUGAAGAUGUGGCCGUCAUGUGUAAUGAACUGCUCCCCACACAAUCGGCAAAAGAUCCUGCCAGCAAAACAACCACAGCUCCAUUAAAAGAUAAGAAAAGUGAUGGGAGAAUCCGGUUGGUGAACGGGGCGAACCCCUGCCAAGGCCGAGUGGAGAUAUUCUACAAAGGAAACUGGGGCACUGUGUGCGAUGAUGAAUGGGAGCUACAUGAUGCCAAUGUGGUGUGCAAGCAGAUGGACUGUGGUCGUGCGGUGGCCUACAGGACCAACGCCUACUUUGGCUACGGCACUGGGCGCAUCCUCCUAGAUAAUGUGAAUUGCGAUGGAAACGAGCCACAACUCUCAGCCUGUUUCAGCCUUGGUUGGGGCAUCCAUAACUGUGGUCACCAUGAAGAUGCUGGGGUCGUCUGCUCUGGGCUAGGGACAACGACCACCAUUAUGCCAAUCACUACAUUAGUGGUAGAGGACUACAAAGAAUCAUUCACCGAUGCAGCCACAGUCACUGAGGAUAAAAUCCAGCCUACCUCUGAAACUGAGAUGGUGAUGACUUCAGCCCUUCUUCUGUUGGAAAAAACAGGUGGCGGCAUACGCCUGGCGAACGGGAACAACAGCUGUCAAGGUCGAGUGGAAGUCCUUUAUGGGGACCUCUGGGGGACGGUUUGUGACGACGACUGGGAUUACCCCAAUGCACAGGUAGUAUGCCGCCAACUGGGCUGCGGUGCAGCCAUUGGGGCUACCGUGCUGGGCUACUUCGGCUACGGCAGUGGGCCCAUCCUUCUGGACAACGUGGAUUGCAUUGGCACAGAGACUGAGCUGACCAACUGUUUUAACCUGGGAUGGGGACAACAUAACUGUGGGCAUCACGAAGAUGCUGGCGUCCUCUGCAGAGGUGCAGAAGAAUUAGGGGCUUCCUUGCAAGAAGAUACUUUUGCUACCACAACUUCAACCACCACUCGUCCCAAAGAUGGUUUUCUGCGACUGGUCAAUGGCAGCCAUCGCUGUGAAGGCCGGGUGGAAAUGUUUUACCUGUCUCAGUGGGGGACAGUAUGUGACGAUGCGUGGGAUCUCAAGGAUGUGAAAGUGGUAUGUCGGCAGCUUGGCUGUGGAGGUGCCUUAGCAGCCUUCGGAGAAGCCCAGUACGGCCAGGGCAAAGGAUACAUUUUCCUGGACAACCUCAAGUGCAAAGGAGACGAAGCGUCUCUCCUGCGUUGCUCUCAUAUCCGCUGGAAUGUGCACAACUGCGAUCACUCGGAAGACGCUGGUGCCCUCUGCCAUCUGCUGUGA